AUGUCUUCAUCGUCCGCUCCUGAAUCUGUCCGACCAUACUCUCCUGCUCCUCCCCUUCAGCAAGACUACAUUAGGCAACAGAUUGCCAAGCAGCAAAAGGGAAACUUCCACUCAUCCUCACUCAAAAUGGUUUCCAACAGCGUCAACAAGACUGCCCUUCACCCUGGAGGUGUCCAGCCCCAGCGUGAGCACACCGAGAUCGAGGAGGAGCUUCACGAGAAGGCACACAUUGACUACGACCGUGUCGCUAUCGUUGCCAACCCCUCUGUCGCAGCCCUCUACGAGGAUGCUCUCGUCUACGAAACCGGUUCAGCCAUCACAUCAUCUGGAGCUCUUUCGGCCUACUCAGGAGCAAAGACUGGCCGUUCGCCUUCGGACAAGCGUAUCGUCCGCGAGGCCGGCUCAGAGAAAGAGAUCUGGUGGGGUCCCGUCAACAAGGAGAUGAGCCCUGAGGUCUGGAAGAUCAACAGAGAACGUGCCGUCGACUACCUCAACACCAGAAACCGCAUCUACGUUAUCGAUGGUUACGCCGGCUGGGAUGAGCGCUACAGAAUCAGAGUCAGAGUCGUCUGUGCUCGUGCAUACCACGCUCUGUUCAUGCGCAACAUGCUUAUCCGCCCUUCGAGAGAGGAGCUUAAGAACUUCCACCCCGACUAUGUCAUCUACAACGCCGGUGCCUUCCCUGCCAACAGAUUCACCACUGGUAUGACCUCGGCCACUUCGGUUGCCAUCAACUUCGCCGAGAAGGAGAUGGUCAUCCUCGGUACCGAGUACGCUGGUGAGAUGAAGAAGGGUGUCUUCACCGUCCUCUUCUACGAGAUGCCCGUCAAGCACAACGUCCUCACUCUUCACUCGUCUGCCAACGAGGGUAAGAAUGGCGAUGUCACUGUCUUCUUCGGUCUCUCCGGUACUGGUAAGACCACUCUCUCUGCCGACCCCAAGCGUGCCUUGAUCGGUGACGACGAGCACUGCUGGUCCGACAAGGGUGUCUUCAACAUUGAGGGUGGUUGCUACGCCAAGACCAUUGGUCUCUCUGCUGAGAAGGAGCCCGACAUUUUCAACGCCAUCAAGUUCGGUUCCAUCCUCGAGAACGUCGUCUUCGACCCCACCACCAGAAUCGUCGACUACGAGGACUCAACCCUGACCGAGAACACUCGUUGCGCCUACCCCAUCGAGUACAUUGAGAACACUAAGAUUCCCUGCAUCUCGUCAGGCCACCCCACCAACAUCAUCCUUCUCACCUGCGAUGCUCGUGGUGUCCUCCCUCCUAUCUCCAAGCUCACCCCCGAGCAGACCAUGUUCCACUUCAUCUCUGGUUACACCUCCAAGAUGGCCGGUACCGAGCAGGGUGUCACCGAGCCCCAGGCCACCUUCUCUUCUUGUUUCGCUCAGCCCUUCUUGGCUCUCCACCCCAUGCGCUAUGCCACCAUGCUCGCCGAGAAGAUCAAGGAGCACAAGGCCAACGCCUGGCUCCUCAACACCGGUUGGGUCGGUGCCGGUGCCACCACUGGCGGCAAGCGUUGUCCUCUCAAGUACACCCGUGCCAUCCUCGACGCCAUCCACAGCGGCGAGCUCGCCAACAACGAGUACGAGACCUACCAGACCUUCAACCUGCAAGUCCCCAAGACCUGCAGCAACGUCCCCGACGAGGUCCUCAACCCCGCCAAGUGCUGGACCGGUACCGCCGACUUCCAGGGCGAGGUCAAGAAGCUUGGUCAGCUCUUCAACGACAACUUCAAGAAGUACUCCAGCGAGGCCACCGAGGAAGUCAUCAAGGCCGGUCCUCAGGUUUAA